AUGCCGCCGACGGCACCAGCGGCGGUGCCGCCGCGCACUUGCAUGGACUCCCUCAUCGCCUUCCUCCACCACCACCUGCGCGCGCUCCUCGCCGACCCCGCCGCGCUGCACGCCACGCGCCGCCGCUGCCUCGCUCUGCUCACGCCCCCUCUGUGCCACCGUCGUCGUAACAACCUCUCCGGGGGCGGCCAGGAGGAGGAGGAGGAGAACGACGACGACGAGGCCGUCCUCGCCGCGCUCCACGGCUCCAUCGACGCGCUCCUCCCGCCAUCCGUCGUCGACGGCGCGGCGGCGGCUGGCGCCGCCUGCCUCGCGGGCGUCGAGGAGGCGCUGCAGGCCCCCGCGCUGCUGCCGGAGCACGGCGAGACGGCGGGGCUGGACAACCGCCGCGUCGCCGCGUGCGCCUACUUCUACCUCGCGCUCGUGCGGUGCGCGCAGGGGGACGCGUGGCAGAUGGCCAUGGACCUCCUCCAGGCCGUCGCCGUGUGCCCCGCCGCGGUGGCCGGCACCGCCCGCGAGGACGGCGCCCACCGCGCCGGCGGGCUCGCGCCCCGCGCGCUCUGGGAGGGGCUGUUCGACGAGGGCGUGCUCGCCAGGGCCGGCGGCACCGGCGAAGACGACGCGGCGCGCCGCGCGGCCAGGCGUUACAAGGACUGGCUCAUGUACUACAAGGUCGUGGCCGCCGACGGCGCGCAAAAUGGCGGGUGUCUUCAGGUAGGAAGAUCUGGAAGCCCUGCCAUUUCGAGAUGGUUGAAUUCUUCGGAGGAUAGAACGAACCAUUUGGUUGAUCGUGAAGGAAUUAGCACGGUCUCUGCAUCAAAAUUUGGUGCUCAUGAUGGUUUCGCCGAGCUGAAGGGUUUUCUCAGCAUUGCAUAUCAAGAUUUCCAGGAAGAUACCAAAGGGAGCUCUGAUAGCAGGUGCCUCCAUGAGAUGCUCCAGGAGUCCCAGUCCGAUUCGCCCGUUUCCUUCGACUCACAUCUUGAUUCUAGUGAAGAAAGUGAUAGUGAGGCAGCUCCAUAUGACAAAGGAAGGUCAGCAAAGAUCAUGCCCAUAGAUGCAGAUUUCUUGGCAGCUAAACUACAUGAAAGAUCAAACCACAACAAGAAUCUGACGUGGUGCACAUCUCCUGAAAAUGCAAUGAUAUACGCUCCAGAAUCUCCAAUGUACCAGGUAGAUGACCAUGAGAUGAAAUCAAACUGCUUGCAAUCAAACAGAUCUCAUGGCUCACUGAAUAAUCUAUCAAAUUCGGUCCUGGAGCUGAAGAAUGCUGACUCAUACUCCACAUCCAACUAUUCCGCCAAGGAUGCCAUGUUUCCGCAGUGCUCGCCAAGGUACGAUCUCAGAUGCUUCAGCACCUUCUCAACCAAAUUCAUCAAGAAAAGUUCCCUGUCCGAUCUAGUCUCCAGAGGAAGCAUGAGCAGGAAAUUCAAGACUUCCACAACCAGUGAUGAUUGGAGUGAUGUCAGCUCGCGCUGGGGAAAGGACAGUCAGGUAGAUUUUCUUGAGAGGUUCGAGAAGGCAGUAUCAAAACUAUUGAUUUCAGAUGGACUAGAAAGCUGCCUAGAUGCUGGCUCUGAAGUCACAACUAUAUGGCAAUUACUGAACAACACUUCAGAGGCGAGACACAAGUCGUCAGUAAGGCAAGAUAUCCUUGACCAGCUGCUUGACAGCAUUUCCACAUCAAAAAAGGACAAAGUGGUCAGGGCAUCAGUCUAUGUUCUGCUGCUCAUGAUAUCUGAAGAUAGAAAUAUGAUGAGAGGCAUCAAGAGGAAGGACUUCCAUUUAUCCAACUUAGCCAUUGCAUUGAAGAGAGAUGUACAUGAAGCAGCCAUUCUGAUAUAUCUGUUGGAUCCUACACCUUUAGAGAUAAAAAACUUGGAUCUGUUGCCCUCGCUUCUACAUGUUGCUUGUAACUCCGGCACCCAAAAAUGGCCUGCAAUGCUUCCACUGACACCGACAUCAGCAUCAAUAGCUCUCAUUGAGAUCUUAGUGACAGCAUUCGACUAUGUAACAAACAAUGUCCACUUGGCUUCCCUCAGCUCUCCUACUAUUCUGUCUAAGCUUGUAGACGUUGCAAAGAACCACAACUUGGAGGAAGGUGUAGCCCUGGCAGCUAUUCUCAUCAGAUGUGUACGUCUCAAUGGUAACUGCAAGAAGUUCUUGUCACAGGCUACUCCAGUGGACCCAUUCCUUCACCUUCUGAGACGAAAAGAGCACCGUGUCAAGUGUGCUGCACUUGAAUACUUCCAUGAGAUUCUACAGAUUCCCAGGUCCUCAGCAAACUCUCUGCUUGAAGAAAUACGACGGCAAGGUGGCAUUGCAAUUAUGCACACACUGAUGGUCAGCCUCCAUCAAACUGAACCUGAACAUCGGGUUUUAGCAGCUAGCCUUCUCCUGCAAUUGGAUAUGAUGGAGAGAUCAGAUGGAAGGAGUGUGUUCCAAGACGAAGCGAUGGAAGUCUUGUUGGGCUCUCUAUCAUCUCAAGAAAAUAGUAGAGUACAGGCAUUAUCAGCAUGUUUUCUUUCAAACCUUGGAGGGACUUAUUCCUGGUCAGGAGAUUCGUACACUGCAGCAUGGCUCACAAAGAAAGCCGGUCUCACAUCAACAUCACAAAGAAAUACAAUCAGGAACAUCGACUGGCUUGAUUCUUGCCUGCAGGAUACAGAAAUAAGCACAUGGAGCAAUAAAUCUGCACGAGCGAUUAUUAAAAUAGGAGUACCGUUUAUCAGCGCUUUAGCCAAAGGAAUGCAAAGCAAGGUGAAGGGAACCUCACAGGAUUGCCUCAUAUGCAGUGCAUGGCUCGGAAGCGAGCUGGCUGCCCUUGGUGAAAAUGCCAUAAGAUAUUCUGCUUGUGAGAUCUUGCUGCAUGACAUAGCAAGUCGCCUUCAUCCAGGAAAUGAGCUUGACGAAAGGGUUCUAGCAUGCAUGUGUCUCUAUAAUUACACCUCGGGAAAAGGCAAGCAAAUGUUGAUGAGCUUGUCAGAGGGUUCCCGAGAAUCUCUUAGGAGGCUUUCAUCAUUCACAUGGAUGGCUGAGGAGUUACUUCAAGUUACAGAUUAUUUUCUUUCCAGCAAACCACGUGUAUCAUGUGUACAUACACAAAUUCUAGAAAUUGGUCAACCAGGCAAUGGCGCAGCAACUGCUAUAGCAUUCUUCAGAGGGCAACUUUUUGCUGGUUAUUCUAAUGGCACCAUCAGGGCAUGGGACAUAAAAGGCCCGAGGGCAGUAAUCAUCAGGGAGGUAAAAGAGCACAAGAAGGCGGUGACUUGUUUUGCACUAUCAGAAACUGGGGAGAACCUCCUGAGUGGAUCAGCAGACAAAUCUAUUCGGGUAUGGGAAAUGGCACAGCGCAAGCUAGAGUGUGUGGAGAUGAUUCAGACAAGAGAGGCUGUACAAAAGGUUGAUAUUUGUGGUGACAAAGUUCUUGUACUUACACAGAACAACAUUCUCAAGUUCUCUUGUGCAUCAAGAAGCAGCCAAACAUUUUACAGGAGCAAGCAUGUCAAAUCUCUAGCUGUAUAUCAGGGAAAAGCUUACCUUGGAUGCAAAGACUCAAGUAUACAGGAACUAGACGUGUCAGUUGAAUCCAACAUUGAGAUAAGGGCACCUAGAAGAAGCUGGAUGAUUAGCAAGCAAUCCAUUAGCUCCAUUGUUGUAUACAGAGAUUGGAUGUACUGUGCCAGUGCUCAGGUCGAAGGAUCAGCCUUAAAGGAUUGGAAGAAACGAUGCAAACCUAAUAUGACAAUGCCAAUACCAAAGGGAACAAGUGUAGAGGCCAUGGCAGUGGUGGAAGACUUCAUCUACUUGAACUGCAGUAGAAGCCCUAGUAUCAUUCAGAUAUGGUUGAGGGAGACGCAGCAGAAAGUAGGAAGGCUAUCUGCAGGAAGCAAGAUAACGAGCUUGUUCACUGCAAACGACAUGAUUUUCUGUGGUACAGAAACUGGGUUAAUUAAGUUAUGGGAAGAGAUGAGUUGUGAAUGUCAAUAA